GUGUUGUCACGCCUUAAUUAUGGCGACGGCCAGUGCUGACGCCGACCAACCGACCUCUACCGAAACUUGCAAAGCUAUCUGGCUUGUAGGACACGGUGGAUAUGACAAGUUGCAAGUGAAGAACACGCCAGUGACGUCGCCUGGUGACGGAGAAGUGCGAGUUGCAGUGCAAGCAUGUGGGUUGAAUUUUGCAGAGUUAAUGAUGAGACAGGGUUUGUACAGACGAUCACCGACUCUUCCAUACAUUCCGGGAUUUGAAUGUUCUGGAACCGUCGAAUCUCUGGGAGACAACGUGACAGGACUUGAAGUAGGACAACGAGUUGUUUGUGUUCCUGGUCAUGGUAGCUGGUCUGAAAAGAUUGUGUUGAAGUUUGAUCACGUAUUUCCUAUUCCUGAUUCAAUGUCGUUUGAGGAAGCAGCAGCUAUUCCUGUCAACUAUAUCACUGCCUACAUGAUGCUGUUUGAUGUUGCUCACCUUAGUCCAGGCAAGAAAAUUCUUGUGCACAUGGCUGCAGGUGGUGUGGGAACAGCUGUCACUCAGUUAGCUCGAACUGUCGAGAAUGUGACUAUCUUUGGAACUGCAUCUUCUUCAAAGCAUGAAACAAUUCGACAAGCCGGUGUAGACCAUCCUAUUGAUUAUCGUUCAGUUGACUAUGAGCAGGCAGUGAGAAGUAUCUCACCAGAUGGUGUUGACAUUGUGUUGGAUCCUUUGGGUGGGAAAGAUGUCAAAAAAGGUGUAAAUCUGCUUCGUCCACUUGGAAUUACUGUUUUGUUUGGUUUUGCAAACGUAGUUACUGAAAGCAAGAACUAUUUCAACUUGGCUAAGCAGAUAGCCGGCUUUGAUCUUGGUGGUUUGUUUGGAGUUCCACAAGCUAAAGAAGCUGCAACUAAAUUGCUGCAGUUAUAUGAAGAAGGUGCAAUCAAGCCACGUAUUGACUCUGUUUACUCGUUUGCUCAAGUUGCUGCAGCACAAAAGAGAAUGCACGACAGGCUAAAUGUUGGGAAAAUCAUUCUAGUACCUCACAAAGAAGAAGAGAAACAGGAUACACCUACAGCUGAGGAAAGUAGACAAGGGGGAGAAAUGUCUGAAAAUAUGGAAACUAAAAAAGAGGAAACUAAGGAAACUGAGAAUGAGGAAGAAGCAGAACCAAACAAGUGACACAUGAUUGUGAUUUGGGUGCUUAUCUUGCAGCCAAGUGCCAAACAUUUGCACACUGCUUUGCAUACAUAGAAUAAUGUUUUUGUUAUUUUUGUAUUGAUGUUGAUGUUGCAAGUAGAGGUGUGCACAUACAAACCUACUACUUACAUUAUUAGGGUUGUGAUGAAUACACUAUGUGUGAUGCAUGCUCAUCUUCUAAAUGGGCUUAUCGGA